UCACACGAGGGCGCAGCGCGGCCGCUCGCUCUGCCCCGCCGCCCGCCUGCCUUCCCUCCUCUCGCCGCCUCGCCGCAGACCCGGGCUCCGCCGAGUCAGAGCGCGGAUCAGGUUCCCCUGCCUGCAGUAUAAAAAUCUCGGCGAGAAAGCUGCGGCGGGAGAGAGACAGAGCCGGGGCGUGAGGUGGCGGCCGGCGAGCCCGUCCGUGGGGAACGCGGGGACUGCGCGGCGGCAGUAAGCGGCCGCUGCUUACCGGGGACGCCCCUUUCAGCUGCGGGAGAGGAGCUUUUUGCAGUCCCAAAAUGCAACAGCAACAACAGCAUCGUCGGGUGYUCACAGCUGCCCUCCUGGCACUUGUUUUCAUUCUGGCAGCCGUGGGUACCACUGAGGCUGGCAAGAAAGAGAAGCCAGAGAAAAAGGCCAAGAAGUCUGACUGUGGGGAAUGGCAGUGGAGUGUCUGUGUGCCCACCAACGGCGACUGUGGCCUGGGGACACGCGAGGGCACUCGCACCGGAGCYGAGUGCAAGCAAACCACCAAGACUCAGAAGUGUAAGAUUCCCUGCAACUGGAAGAAGCAAUUUGGAGCGGAGUGCAAAUACCAGUUCCAGGCUUGGGGAGAAUGUGACUUGAACACKGCCUUGAAGACUCGGACCGGGAACCUGAAGAGAGCCCUUCACAACGCUGACUGCCAGAAGACUGUCACAAUCUCAAAGCCCUGUGGGAAGCUUACCAAACCCAAACCUCAAGAAUCCAAGAAGAAGAAAAAGGAAGGCAAGAAGCAAGAGAAGAUGCUGGAUUAAUGGAGACAACUUGGGCAAUGUGAGAAAGGGACAUCAGCAAACAUGAUCAGUUAACAGUUUCAUUUAUACCUAGGCAUUUUAUCCUAAAAUUAUUUAUAGCUUAAUGGUACCAAUAGAAGGAAAAAAGCAAACACAGAAAAAAAAAAAUCUUUUUUUUUUUUAUUACUAUAGUAUCUUUAAUGUAUAAACCUAACAACAAUUUUUAGAGGCCUGUAAUAAAGGACUCCAAACUCAUUUAGAUAAUUAUGUCUAUUGCAUAUUGAACCAUGUAGAGGUUUUCAAAUUUUUUUUUCUCAAGUCUUGCCAUAGGUCUCAAUCUGGUAAUUAGCCCAUGCAAGCAGAACCUGAGCCUGUGUGGAGCUCUGCUGAAGCCAGUGGUACCCUGUGUGAACACAGCACUCUGGCUGGAUGCAUUUUAUAUUUGAGAUUGGGGCCUUAUAUCUGAAAAAUUGAGGCUUGUUUCUUAAUUUCUGAUUUCAUCUGCAUAACUGCAUGAAAUUGUUUGUUUAAGGAAAGGAGGAGGGCAUUUUGUUGGGYAUUUACAAGUAUGGGAUUUUCUUGGAUGUGUGUUGAAUGUUCAUUCUAAAAUGUCACCAUCUGCAGGUGAAAACCAGUAACACUCCUUUCCUUAAGCAUGUUUUGAAUGUUGGCAGUAAACAUAAAAUCUUCCAACAAUCGGACAUAAAAGAGUCCUAAUUUUUCAUGAUUCUCUAGCAAUGAUUUUUUGAAGUGGAACGAUGACAAAACUUUCCACUUUUCAGCAUACCAGUGUUGGUGGAUGGCAGUGUGCUCCAUUUUACCUAUAAAAGCUGAAAGAUACUGUAUUUUAUUUGUUCAUUUUGACAGGAGAGAAAAAAUCUUUUUCAUAAAAUAUCUGUUUGAAAUAUUUGUGAUUCUGCCUGACCCAGAUCCCUUUUGUAUCAGUGG